ACAUUUCCCAUAUGUAACGUACUAACGUACGAGUGUUUGUAGUUUGACCAUAACACAAGCGUCAAGCGUCAAGCGUCAAAAAGCUCAAUCCAUUUUACUACAGUCAAUAUAUUGUUCCUUCUCAUAUUUAGUCGAUCCGAGUGUCAAAAAAAUAUAAUUUAUAUAAAUACGUAUACACCAUUCUUGCUUGACUCUUAUCAAAUAUCUAAUAUUAAACUGUCAUUAAAAUAAUUAUUUUAUUUUCCCCGACUGUAUUUUUACCCCCUGUUUCGUAUACCGCGACAUUUCAAGAUGCCUAUGAUUAAGCUGCAAAGUUCAGAUGGAGAAGUCUUUCAAGUCGACUUCGAGAUCGCCAAAGCUUCGGUAACUAUUAAAACUAUGGUAGAAGACUUAGGGUUGGAAGAGGAAGAUGAGGAGAUCGUCCCAUUACCAAACGUGAACGCUGGUAUAUUGAAGAAGGUUAUCCAGUGGGCAACAUACCACAAGGAUGACCCACCACCGGCUGAAGACGAUGAAGGACGGGAAAAGCGUACCGACGAUAUAUCUAGCUGGGAUGCGGAUUUCUUGAAGGUGGAUCAGGGUACACUUUUUGAACUCAUACUGGCCGCUAACUACUUGGAUAUCAAAGGGUUGUUGGAUGUCACUUGCAAGACUGUUGCCAAUAUGAUUAAGGGUAAAACACCUGAGGAAAUAAGGAAAACAUUCAACAUAAAAAAUGAUUUCACAGCUGCAGAGGAGGAUCAAGUUCGUAAAGAAAACGAAUGGUGUGAGGAAAAGUAAUUGAUAUUUAUCUACAAAUGAUAUACAUUUUUUUUUUGUCAACAACGUAAUUUUAAUUUUUCAUUUAAUAAUAUACUUUUAUUUUAUAUUUAUUUACUUUUUCUAAUAAAAAUUACGUUUUAGUCCAUAUCAUAAGGAAAUUUGUUUUACAUUUUACCUGUUUAAUUGAACUCAGCCUUAUUAAUUUAAGUAGAUUUACCUAUGUGUACAUUUCAUAAUGUUUUUGAUUUGUAUAAGUAUUGAUUAAUAUAUUAUUAAAUUGUAUACAUUUUUAGUAUAUAUUACAAUACAAUUUUGUGUAUAUUUCAUUAAAAAUGUCUUCAUAAUAAUUAAUAUAUAUAUACUUAUCUCAUACAA